AUGGAGGCGAUAAUAGAGAAGAGAAAUGAACUGAAAAGGGAAGGAAAAACGUCGGCGAACGCAGAUGGAGAGGCGACUGACGGCAAGAUGACAGAGCUCAUGUACACAGUGGAGCUGGCAGGAGGGCUGGGAGCGAUUCUGCUGCUUCUCAUCUUGCUCAUCUCCCUGCACAAAUGCUACAAGAUUGAGCUGAUGCUUUUCUAUAGGAGGCACUUUGGCAGCGAGGAUGUGGAUGGAGAGAACAAAGACUAUGAUGCAUAUCUUUCAUACACCAAAGUGGACCCUGACCAGUGGAGUCAGGAGACUAGGGAGGAGGAGCGCUUCGCCUUGGAAAUACUACCCGAUGUGCUGGAAAAACAUUACGGCUACAAGCUCUUCAUCCCUGAUCGAGACCUCAUUCCAACAGGCAGUCUCACCAAUGAGCAUUACCAGGAUGACACACGACUUUUUGGAGCGUACAUAGAGGAUGUUGCGCGUUGCGUAGACCAGAGCAAGCGCCUCAUUAUAGUUAUGACACCCAACUACGUGGUGCGGCGAGGUUGGAGCAUCUUCGAGCUAGAGACCCGACUGCGCAACAUGCUGGUGAGCGGCGAGAUCAAAGUCAUCCUGAUCGAGUGCGCCGAGCUGCGCGGCAUCAUGAACUACCAGGAAGUGGAGGCCCUCAAACACACCAUCAAAACCCUCACCGUCAUCAAGUGGCGGGGCCCCAAAAGCAACAAGCUCAACUCAAAGUUCUGGAAGCAGCUGCAGUACGAGAUGCCCUUCAGGCGCACAGAGCCCAUGCUCACGCACGAGCCGGCGCUGGACGUCAGCGAGCAGGGUCCCUUUGGGGAGCUGCAGACCGUCUCGGCCAUCUCCAUGGCGGCGGCCACUUCCACGGCCAUGGCCACCGCCCAUCCAGAGCUGCGCUCCUCGUUCCACAACACCUACCACACCACCAUGAGGCAGAAACACUACUACCGAAGCUACGAGUAUGACAUACCCCCGGGGGGUACCCUACCAGCUCUCUCGACUCUGGGCAACCAGCACACCUACUGCAACAUCCCGUUAACACUGCUGAACGGGCAAAGGCCUCCGGGGAAGAGCCGAGAGCACAGCCUGGAAGAGGCUCACGCCAACAACGCCAUGCUCCCGCUGCUGCCAAGAGAAACCAGCAUCUCCAGUGUCAUCUGGUAGCGACGAGCGGCCUCAACGUCGGCUUCGGGAAGACCACGGUCAGGGUCGGAGAUGACGAGAACCAAAAGGAGAAGUUGGAUCUAGAAAUGGAUCUGUUCAGAUCCGUGCAUCACCACUGAUGGAAAACGCAGGAGGUGGUGUGGGGACGGCUUCCCCCGUCUUUGAAGAGGACCAGUCUCUUCUAAUGAGCGAUUUUAUUUUCUAUGUGGAACUGAAGAAAACGUUUUAGAAAACAGAAUUUUUUUUUUUUUUUUCUAAAUGAACAAAUAAAGUGCAGGAACUCCGCUUUAAGGAAGACAAACACAAUUCCAACAUCUUCACAAAAAGAAAUGUGCAUACAUACAAACAAAAGGAAAACAGGGUCUGUACAUAUAUUUGCAUUUUAUUAGUAGCAUCAGUGUUUUCCUGUUUUGUUCUUUAGUCUGUUUAAUUCAAUCAUGUCUGUUGCCUUCCCUACUGUAGGACUUUGCUUUAAAAAUGUUACACAAAGUUGUAUAUUUUUUAUUCUUUUCAGGUUUUUUUGUAUCUUACUUUUAACACGCUUGAUUGGAAAGCCAGUAUGUCAUGUACUUGCGCUGUUGUGUUCUUUCUAUUUGUUUUAUCUUGUUUGUUUUAAAUCAUUCUGUAGUUUAAGAAAACUUUUUUAUGGAAGAAAAAAAAAACUUUUUGGAAGACCUGGACAUCUUCAGGAGAUGUGAAGAGCUGAAACCUGUUUUUGUUUGCCUGUACAAGGUGUAUCUAUUUUAAAACAGAACUCCUUUGGAAAAAAAAAUCAUAGAUUAUGCAAAAAUACUGAGGAGCUGGCUAUAAAUAUCCGGCCACAGAUGACAGAAGUGGUCGGAGAGAAGCGCUGGUCCCCUCCAAUCAGACCGACAGACUGGCAGAUCUCUUUCUGACGCUUCGUUCUUUUUUUUUUUUGUUGUUGUUGUUGUCUUUUUUUUUUUCUAUCGAAACAAACAGCCUGGCUGUUUUAGACUGAUAGAGAUAUGCCUCACCUUAAAAAGAAAAUCUGUAGAUUAUUUAAAAAAAAGUCUAUUUUUAUAACAGAAAAGAGUUUGCUUGAGAGGUCAUACUUAUUUGCAUCUCAUCUUCCAUAUGGAAAGGGGAUCGAUGUCUCAGCGUUCUGUUGGUUUUGUACUCUUGUGAAAGUGCUUUCUGAUUCGCUGAGAGACGAGGCCGGUUUGUGAAUCCCACCUGACGGAUACACCCUCUACUACUCCAGGUUCUAAAGAAACGAAAAAAUACAUUUCCAAAUGUUUUCGUUUUUAUUGCCAUCUUGAGAAUUCAGGUUUAUUUGGUUCAUAGAGAUAGUUCAUGUUUUAAUGAGAGAAAAGAAACCAGGUGUGUUUUGAAAGACUUUUUAAAUAUAUUUGAAGAUGUGAUUUUUAAGUAUGCAUAGCAAAUAGACAUGUAUUCUAUAUAUAAUAUAGAUAUUUAUAUAAAUAUAUAAACACAAUUUUCACUUGGAAAGAAAUGUCUAUCUUUAUAGAAACACAAUCAUUAUCAGUUGCCCUUACUUUCUCACUGCACAUUAAAAGCA